AUGUCGCGGUCCUCUUGGAAAGGAAGGACCACCGGGACGGACAGCCGCCAACUGUGGGCCAGGCCCCGAGCUAAGUGCUGGGGACACAGGCAAGGGCCCAGGCCCAUGAGCCGGGAGAAAUCGGGGUCCCCCGGGAGGGAAGGCGCUGCAGCUGCAGAUCGCCACCCUCAUGGCUCCCACGGCAGGUGGGAUUGUGACGGAGCCUUGAGCCCAAAGGCGGCCAGAGAAGCCCGCAGGGGGCCAGGGGCCAGAAAGGAGCCCCCAGGGCCCGCUCCUUCCUUCCCAUCAAGUCCCCGAGGGGCAGGGGACGCCCACCCGUCUGUGCCACAGCCCGGGGCGCCGCGGGACCCCCCCCCCCCCCCCCCCGGGCCCCGGGGCGCCGCGCCCCCCCCCCCCGAAGCCCGGGGCCCGGCACAGAGAGGCUGCGGACCACGGCUCCUCUGCCCAGCAGCUCCAGAGGGCGGGCGGUGGCCGGGGGUCCCGGGCGGGGGUCCCGAAGGGCCCGGGGCAGGACGGGCGCCCCCCCCCCGCCCCUCCCCCCUCCCCCCCGGGGCACGGGGGACCCUGGGGGGGCAGGCCUGGAGGCAGGGAGACCCGAGUUCAGAUCCCGCCUCGGACACUGACUAG